AUGGCAGCCCCAAUCUCUGCCAACCUCAUGGAGGAGCUGUAUGCUCAGGCACUUGCCGAUCCCCAGCUUCCCCGUGCCAAUCCCACAACGGCGUUCUGGCAGCUCCCUCCGCACCCGUCAAUGUCCGAGACGCAGUCUGCUCAACUGCCCAAGACAACCGAUUACGCCAUCAUCGGCUCCGGCGUCACAGGAUGCAGCAUGGCCAAGACGCUUCUUGACAGCACGCCUUCUGCUGCAUCCACAGUGACUGUCUUUGAGGCGCGAAAGCUGACCAGCGGAGCCACUGGUCGAAAUGGAGGCCUUCUCACAAAUUUUGUCCCUGGUCACUUCAAGCAUCUCGUUGAUGAAUUCGGUCAGGAACAGGCUGUAAAGAUUGCACGAUUUGCAAACAGAACACUUGAGAGGAUGCACUCGCUGGCGAACUCGUCUGACGAGUUCAGAGAGGCGAGUGUCGUGCGAAGAACCUUGGAUGUCAUUGCCUUUGAUGACGAUCAGUCAUUCAACGAUGAGAAGGAGGGAUUCAAGCUGUAUGAGCAGUACGUCACAGAGGAGGCCGGAAAGACUCAAAUAUUGACUGCUGAAGAGCUCGCGGAAAAGUACAACUUCAAAGCAAAAUCGGGGGCCAUUCUCUUUCCAAAUGGCGCUUUUUGGCCGUACCGAUUGAUAACCAGAAUUUGGGCCCAGCUCAAAGAGCAAUAUACAUCCCGGCUCUCCAUUGAGACCAACACCCCAGUGACAGAGAUUACGUAUGACCCAAGCAACACCACACAUCCGUACGUCUUGACGACGGCUCGCGGUGCCGUUCGUGCAGCCAAAAUUCUUCAUGCUACAAACGGUUAUUCCGGCCACCUCUUGCCUGGCCUUCGCGGAAAGAUCUAUCCGCUUCGCGGUACCAUGUCGACACAAAAGCCACCCUCAGCAUUCGGAAAUCACGGACGUGAAAUCACUUGGAGCAGGGUUGGCGGCGGCGACUUCGACCCCGAAACCAAAGUGAUUGAGCUCGGUCUGUACUACUCCAACCAGAACCCAAACUCUGGUGAUGUGUUUAUUGGCGGUGAGAAGGCCAAGAUCAAUGAGAUUUUCGUCAGCGACGACUCAGUCGUGGGUGCGCCGUGUGAGGAAAACCUCGCGACCAAGUUGCCCAAGUGCUACACCAAGGGCUGGGAGGAUACCAGCGAGCAUGAAGUGCGAAAGAUUUGGUCCGGCAUCAUGGGCUUCACCGGCGACCGGCUGCCACUAAUAGGAAAACUGCCAAUCAGUGCGACAAAUCGCGGAGGGGACGGUGGCGAGUGGAUUGCAGCUGGCUUCAAUGGCUACGGCAUGCCUCUCUGCUGGUCGAGCGGAGAAGCCGUUGCCAAGAUGAUUCUGGGACAAGGCGUCGGCGACUUUCUGCCGGAGUCGUUUGUUCUUACUGAAGAGCGCUUGCAGAAGGAAUCAAUGUCGUUUGCGACGGCGAUCAACGGUCUUCUUACCGGCUACGUUUAG